UGAAAUGUGGCCUGACAGGUCUGAUGGGAAUGCAGAGUCACUCAUAGAGAGAGAGAGAGAAAGAGAGAGAAAGAAAGAGGCAGGGAGGUUGCUGAUAGAAUGACAAGCCUGUCAACCAGGUGGAGUUAGGAGCAUUCAGGCUGCAAUUAAGACAAUGACACAGUUGUGUCUGUGUUGCUGAGCGUGCGACUGGAUUUCACCUGAGAGGAAACCUCUGCCCUGUGGACUCCCACUAACACCAGACUUGACAGAGUGGAAUUUCCCCCCUUUUUCCCUGGCUGGAGCCAGGGGCAGAUGGUCGCACAGAGAGUCUGAGCAGAACUCAGGAAGGAGCAAGUGAGAGGAAGGGAGGGAGGAGGUCCGGAGAGGGAGAGGAAGAGAAACGAGGAGUGGACAGAAGAGGAGACAUGCUUCGCUACGGUUCAGGGCGAUCUGUUUCCACCACCACCACAGAGGACUCUCUAGAUUCUUUAACUGAGAGGAGGACCAGAUGCCUCAGGUUAACUCUAUAUGCAGAAGAUAAUGGACAGACGGAGACGAAAACAGACACAGCUGGGAAAGAGAAGGAUGGGGCAUGGAAGAAGAAGACGAAGAAGAAUGGGCUGAUCGAAAGAGAGAGGCCAGCUGGCAGGGAGUCCCCUCAGCAGCACCUCAGAGACAUGACCAAUGGGGCUCCAGAAAGCACGCAGGAGAAUCAUGGGCCCAAAGUGUACGGCGUGGUGCAGAGGACGGGUUCGGACAGACAGCAGGAGGUGAUGGCGCGAGAGUGGACGGUCAAUCACCUUCAGGACGAGAUGAAGUACAUCAGGGAGGUGAGAGAUUCUUUGGAGAAGGUGAGAGAGCGGAUGUACGGGCAGUUCGGCGGAAUGCAGCAAUCAAUGCAAAAGCUUUCACAGGAUAUUAAGAAUGCCAAUUCACAGCAGAGGAGUCUGGAGUCAGAGGUGAGGAUCCGGACCACAGCCAUGGAAAGCUUCGAUCAGAUGAACAGCUCCCUUUUAUCAGCUAACAUCGGCCUGCAGCUUCCUUUGCAGAAAUCUCUUCUGGAAAACUGUCAGAAAAGAGUGGACACGAGAGACGAGGUGAAAAGUUUGCGGAGCACCUGUGAGAAAACACAAGAACAGCUCAGAGACAAGGAGAAAGAGCUGGAAGCCACGCAGAUUGAAAACCAGACUCUGAGACUGCAGGUGGAGUCCGCACGGGAGGCCAACAAUCAGGCGGUGCAGGAGCUCUCAGUAAAGCUACAGCAGGAGUAUGAGGAGAAGCUGCAAGAGGAGCAACGGAAACACAGGGAGGAGAUCGAAAACCUACAGGCCCAACUCGAUGAGUACAUCAGGCGACUGGAGGAAGCAGAAAGUAACAUCAGAAUUGCAGAGGCCAAGAUUGCUGAUAGGGACCAGAGGAUUAUUGAAGUGGAACGCCUACUGGACUGUAUGGGAAAGGAAAAGAGUGAACUCCAGAAGAAGCUGCAGGAACUUGAACAACGUCUCCGCUCGGCGGAGCUGAAAGACACAACUGAUGGAACUUCAGUCAAAAGGUACAAAGAGCUGAAAUCUGAAUCGGUGGACCUCCGGGAACGAAUCAAACACUUGAACGACAUGGUGUUCUGCCAGCAGAGAAAAGUCAAAGGAAUGAUCGAGGAGGUUGAAUCACUGCGAUCUCAAGUAGCUCAGAAGGACAUGUUCAUCUCAGAGCUUCUGGACAGAAUCGCGAUAGUGGAGUGUGAGAAUAAUGAAUUAGAAGACAAGCUGAAGUAUUUUAUGUCCACACAGAAUAGACCACGGGAGGUUUUGGAAAUAAGGGAGAUAGGAGUAGGCUGCGAUCUGCUUCCCAGACAUGAAGCACAAAGACAUGAUGUUGAACUUCCUGUUCUGUAUGAACCAGCUGAUCCGAUACAACGCGAUCCACCUGUUCAACCACCACCACUCACUCUACCUCCAUCACCCACUCUACCUCUAUCAUCCACUCCACCUGUAUCACCCACUCCACCUUCAUCCUCAACAAAACCUCUAUCCCCCACUCUACCUUUACCCCCAACACAACUGCUAUCACCCACGCCACCUGUAUCACCUCCUCCACCUGUGUCACCCACUCCAUCUGUAUCACCCCCUCCACCUGUAUCACCUCCUCUACCUGUGUCACCCACUCCAUCUGUAUCACCCCCUCCACCUGUAUCUCCUACUCUAUCAUCCACUCUACCGUCAUCCCCAACACAACUACUAUUACCAACUCCACCUGUAUCACCGCCUCCACCUGUAUCACCACCUCCACCUGUAUCACCCCCUCCACCUGUAUCACCCCCUCCACCUGUAUCACCCAUUCUACCUUCAUCCCCAACCCAACUGCGAUCACCCACUCUACCUUUAUCACCCACUCUUCAUUCAUCCCUAUUAAAAUCUCAGCCCUCAAUUCAACCUUCAUCCCUUAGAUCUUCCUCUCAACAUCCAUUUCAAUACCUAACAGGCCCCACCCAACCCAGGGCGUUCAUGUCUAAUAACCCCCCACCAAGCAGGCUGGAGUCCAGUUUACUGAGAUACACUCCUGUCCAGUACAGCCGUUUCCUGCAGCACAUCCCCUCACUAUCGACUGGGACAUUGUCCUACACCCGCCCAUCAGAGGCUGAGCCUCCUGUGAGUCCAGUCCAGUCAGGCAGAGAUGAGGUUGACGCAGAAACAAACACAGACACACGACCGAGAUCCGAGGAAUUCUCUUCUCGGCUCUUUUAUCAACCAAGAACAAGAGCCCCUCAAGUUGAUACACCGUUCAUGAAACUUCUGGAAACAACCAAAAAGGUAAACAUAGAGUGAUCUUGAAGGAAUGGUUCGACAUUUUGGGAAAGAAACAUGCAUUUGCUCAGCAUAAAGAAUGAAAAAAGAAGGAAAGAGCUAGCCCGCAGGUCUUGUUCAAACCGUGCAGUCAGGAACGAUGAGGUUUUGAUGACAUUAGUAAACGCAGCUUGCUGUUCCAUAAUGUCAACAAAUCUGAGAACUCACUUGCUAGCUGCAACCCAACCUCGUCAGAAGUUCUUUAAAAGACAGAUACAAUCAAAAGGUUUCAUCCAAGGAAGGAUAUGCUAUACAAUGGCAAUGUUUUCGGUCAAGAUGUUAAGGAUAAAGACAGAGAUGAAGUUCCUAAUAUCACAAGUCACAUAGUGGAGCUGCAUUACACGAUACAGAGGCUCAAACUUGACGGUCCUACUUCCGAAAGCUGGUGCAGAAGGGUAACUGAAGUGCAUCGCCAAUUCGCCAUAUAACUGGGGAUAUGGGGGGGACUUUGGAUACGUGAUGCCAGUGAAGAAAUAAUCUGGUCCAGAAACCUUCAUCAAAUUGCAAAUUGACGUUUUUACACGUUAACACGUGCUGAUAGAUUAAUUUAGAUACAGGUUUCCAGUGUUUAUCUCCGCUAAACAAUAUGUAGCUGCAGUUAUUUUAGCAUGAAGCUAAUCUCAACAUCAUGACUGUCCAGUUAUAUGUUUCUGUAGUUCAACUGCAGUUACAUUUACCAUUUUCAGAGGUAUCGAUCUUUUCCUCUAAAGUAGUCAAAGAAGCGUGAUUCCUAAAAUGUUGAAUGAAUCCUUUAAAAUCAUUUGUCUUUAUUCUUAUUUUCACUGUGAGUUAUGUUUUUUAAAACGACCUUUUAUCACAUGCAUAUUAGUUAUUUCACUAUCACAUAUUUUUCAGUCUGGUUGAUGAUGUAAAAUGUCUUAUGUAGGUUGUUUUAGCCUAUGUUUUAACAUAGCACUAUUAAUGAAAAUAAAAAUUUUGCUUGCUGUAGGGUGUAAAUAAUCUAAUGCGCUGUUUAAAUAUUUUGUAAGUAAUGUACUGAAAGAUUAUAUUUGUUUUGUUUAUACUGAAUGAAACCUACUUAUGUUGCUCAAAGAGCUAUGAGCAUUCAGUCUUGGGUUGAUACAGGUAUUAUGUCUUUAUUCAUAUCAUUUUCUAUUGGCACUGUACACAUUUUAUUAAUAUUAUUUGGAUUUUGUCACAUUAUGUACAACAUAUUUAUUAACAUGCUUUGUGCCUUUAUGAACGGCCUACUCUCUGAUAGUGGGGGUGGGAUGAAUCUCUUUGAAUUGGCAACAGGGUUAUACAGUAAUAUAAUGUUACGUAAAUGUAUGUGCUGAUGAAAGACUGUUUCAAUCACUUUAAAGAUAUUGACCUUAUUAAGGUGACUGCCAAUCCUGAGCCACAGGCACAAGUAUUAUCCAGCUGUUAUCUGUACUGCCACAACUGUGUUUGAAAAAGCUUUAUGAUCAGCCUUUUCUGUAACGAUACAUAUCAUACUGCGAGUAAUGAUGAGAGGCCAGCGUAUGUUUGGAUAAUAAAGACUUACUGUAUAAGUAC